AUGCCUACCACGAAGCAGCAGCGCACCCGCCGCCAGACCGCACCAUCUGGUCCCCCGCGCAAACCAACAGCCAGCGAGACUCAAUCGAGUCUCGCGCCGACGCAGGAACAACCUGGGAUCCUGAAAUGGGACAUACCGACCUGGAAUAACGAACUAGAAUUCUCACAAUGGCUCAAUGGGGUCAAAGAUGACCUUAUUGAAGAGAGCUAUGACCACUACCAGAACUGUCUUGACGAGCUCCAACAGUCAAAGGAACACAUCGACGAAAUCUUGAUGAGCAAUCUGACCCUACUUGACGACCUGACCAGUCUUUCCGAGUCCUUCAGAUCCGUCGAAAACCAGACUUCGAACUUCGAGAAACAAUGCGAGGGCCUUCUCUCUGCGCAGGAGCGCGAUACAAAGCUUGCGAAUGGCAUUCAAAACAACCUUCACUAUUAUGACUUCCUGGAUCCUGCCUCGAGGAAGCUCAAUGCCCCCGGGCGCCUCGAUGUGUGCCUGGAUUACAUGGAAACACAUCCCGAACAAAAGGAGGCCGAGGUCUAUCGCUCCAGGUACAGGCUUCUCUUGACCCGCGCCCUCACCCUCAUCCGAGGAAACUUUGUGACCUCCCUCAGAGACAUCUACCAAAACGUCUCAAAGAAAAUUUCAGACCAACAAUUGAAUGACACAGCCUUAUCAGCCCUUCUGUACGCCAAAUUUAGGGUCGGGGCUCCCGAGUUGAAGCAGAUCGGCAUCGAGAUCCAGAAGCGAGCGGUUCCACCUUUGAACCCGGACCAGAAUAAUGAGGCAGAGUACCAAAGUUUGAUGAAUGAGCUGCACAGCAAUUACUCGGCAACCCGUGCGCGACUAAUUGUUCCACUCGCCCGGAAAAAGCUCAGCGAGAUUACACAGACCCCAAGUUCAUCCAAGGACUUGGUAUCAUUCGCUCGAGCGAGCAUCAGCUACAUUCGUGGUUUGUGCCUGGACGAAUACGAUCUGUGGGGUGAAUGGUUCCAUGGACAAGCGGGACUGUACGACUUCCUCGAAACUAUCUGCGAACCUCUGUAUGACCAUCUUCGUCCUCGCAUCAUCCACGAGACCGACAUUCGCAACCUCUGCCAACUCUGCACUUUGCUUCAAACCCGCUACUUCCUGGAUCCAGAAGAUGAGCCAGAGCAGACCAACACGAAUCAGCUAGACUUUGCUACCUUGAUCCAACCUGCUCUGCAGGAUGUCCAAACUCGGCUAGUGUUCCGUGCACAAGCAUUCCUGCGCGAUGAAAUUGAGAAAUACAAGCCUCUUCCCGCCGAUAUCGAUUAUCCUAUGCACAGCAAGCAGGUUUCUCUGACUGUGACUGACACUCAAAUUUCAAGCAAAAAGGAUACCUCGGCGGAUCUCAUGAUUGAUAUGACCAAACCUGGCAAAGAGGGAGAUGACGCUGGCGGCACUCCACAAGAUCAGGAUGGAAAAUGGGACUUUGAGACCCAGACCUUACUGAAGGGAUGGUAUCCGACAUUGCGAAAGGCUGUCUGGCUUCUCAGUCGGAUCUAUCGCCUUGUCAACUCCACUGUCUUCGACGAUCUGGCACAUCAAAUUGUCCACCAAACCACACUAUCCCUCACUAAUGCCUGCACCCUCAUCUCCGGCAAAUCCACGCCAGCCGACGGCCAACUCUUCCUCAUGAGCCACCUUCUCAUCCUAAAGCAACAGAUCGUCGCAUUUGAUAUCGAGUACGUCGCAUCAGACGUCUCCCUCGACUUCUCAGGCGUAACAAAUACAUUCUGGGAACUGCGCGAACGCGGCGGCCUGUUUAACCCACGCAAUUUGAUGCGUUUAGUUGGCCACGGUCUCAUGCCACGCGUCGUGGAAAAUAUGCUCGACGCGAAGGUUGAAUUGGACGGCAGGCUCCGGACCGUUAUCAACGAUUUCAUCAAUGCCUUCGCUGCGCGCAUGACGGCUUCAUUGCCGACAAAAUUCGUCGAUAGCCGGAACCUUCAGCGUGGCGAGCUUAUCCACCCUACCUGCCACACCAUUGAGAAGGAAGUUCCCAGUCUACGCAAGAUUUUGAACGAGUACAUCGAUGAAACGCGCAUGAAGGAAACACUUGUGGGUGCAGUUCAGGAUCGCACGAUUCAGAUCUACGAAGAUUUUUAUGAGAAGUACAUUUCAUCCGAGAAGACCAAAGGACACGCUAUCAGCAAGAAGGGCAAAGGACGCGACGAUGCCAUCUGGGAUACUGAUACUUUUGCCGAGUGGUGUGAGGGUGUUUUCCGAGUCGGUGUGGCGGGUCUUCAGUCUGGACAAGUCGACCUCGCUGAGGACGACGAUGAUUCACUCAGCACGAGCUCUUUAUCUUGA